AUAGCAGCUCAAUUCACUUCUUCCACACAUCUCUCAUCAUAUCUAUUUUACAUUUUCACAAUUUUCUUCACAAUGUUGAAGUCGGCAAAACAACUUUAUCACCAUAUUAUCAACAUUGUCUCUAAGCUUACUCUUGUAGCAAUAAUAGUUGCUAUCUUUAUUCAAGCACUCAAACAAUCUCCAUAUCACCAUUUUCUUCUUAAUCAUGUUCCUUUCAUUUACUCACUCACUUUCACUUUUCUAACCAUCUCUAUUCUCACAUUCUACUACAUGAACCAACCUCAAACCGUCUACCUUGUCGAUUUCGCAUGUUUCAAGGCGCCUCUAGCUCUUCGAGUGUCUUAUUCUACUAUGGUUGAACAUGCCAACAUCAUUUUAGCCGAACAACCCAAGAGCAUUUCAUUCCAAAUCAAAAUGUUUCAGAGGUCUGGUUUGGGUGAGGAAACUUGUUUACCCGCUCCAAUACAUUAUAUACCACCAAAUCCUAAUAUGAUGGAUGGUAGAGAUGAAGCCCAUUGGGUCAUUUUCUCUGUCAUGGACUCAUUGUUACAACAAACGGGUAUUAGCCCAAAAGAUAUCGAUAUUUUGAUUGUAAAUUGUAGUCUUUUUGCACCCACUCCUUCUCUUUCGGCCAUGGUGGUCAAUAAGUUCAAUCUACGUACUAAUGUCAAGAGUUAUAAUUUAUCUGGAAUGGGGUGUAGUGCGGGACUAAUAUCUAUUGACUUGGCAAAACAUCUACUCCAAGUCAACCCUGAAUCCAAUGCAGUUGUAGUAAGUACUGAAAUAAUGACCCCAAAUUCAUAUAUGGGUAAAGAAAGAUCGAUGUUGCUCCCAAACUGUCUAUUCAGAAUGGGAGCAGCAGCGAUCCUCUUAACCAAUAAAAAGUCUCAAAAAAAGUAUGCAAAAUACAAACUUUUGCAUGUGGUCCGAACACACAAAGGGUACGAAGAUAAAUCAUAUAAUUGUGUCACACAAGAAGAAGACAAAGAAGGUCAUGUUGGAAUAUCGCUAAACAUAGAUCUCAUGGCAAUUGCUGGCAACUCUUUGAAGUCCAACAUUAGCACAAUCGGUCCAUUGGUUCUUCCAGCAUGGGAGCAACUCAUGUUUCUUGUCAAUCUAUUAGGAAGAAAGUUUCUUAAACUUAAUAGGAAACCGUACAUUCCUGACUUCAAAAAAGCCUUCAAUCAUUUUUGCAUUCACGCCGGUGGACGUGCGGUUAUUGAUGAGCUUCAAAAGAGUCUAAGGUUAUCGGAUGAGCACGUUGAAGCAUCAAGGAUGACGUUGCACAAGUUUGGGAACACGUCUUCGUCUUCUUUGUGGUACGAAAUAGGUUAUAUUGAAGCCAAAGGGAGAAUGAAGAAAGGAGAUAGAGUUUGGCAAAUUGGAUUUGGGAGUGGGUUUAAAUGCAAUAGUGCAGUUUGGGAAUGUAAUAGAGAUAUUGAAGCUACUAAAAUUGGUGCUUGGGCUGAUUGCAUCCACAAGUAUCCUAUGAAACAGCCAGAAUUUGGGAAGCUCUAAAUUAGCUAGGAACUAUUAAUUACUAUGUCAUUUUUACUUGUGAUCUAGAGAAACCUUGAAUAAUUCUAUAAUAAGGUGUUAUAUUUA